UUAUUAAAGAGAGCAAGCAACACAACAGCAACAAGUUAGACGGGGGAAAAACAAACCCACCUAAAACAACAACCACAACCACUACCACCAUCAGAAUUACUGCCAACAACAACAACAACAACAACAACAACAACAACCACAACAACAAUAUCAGCAGCAUUCAAAAUCAUUUAUAAGUAACGAAGUAUUCCAGAGCGGAGCAUUUAGCGAAAUCGCUCAAGUUCGCUCAACAAAUAUUAAAUAUUAUACCCUUACACACAAGACCUCUACACGCACGAACAUAUAUAUAUACAUAUAACUUAAAUAUAUAUACAUAUAUCAUACACCUAUACACGUAUUUACACAGCAUAUUCUUUAAUCAAACGCACGUGUUGUGUAUAUAACACAUACAACUCAAUAUAUAAUAAUAAUAAUUAUUAUUAUUACACACGGACGCACACACACGCACCACACAUUGUACAUAUGUUUCUUUUCACAGAAUGGAUAUACCAUUUAAUUUCAAAAGAGUCAGUGUCUUGACUUUCCAUCGUCCAGUGCUAAUAAAACAAACGCACGUUUUCAUUAUAUAGUUUAAUAAGAAAAGAUAAAGAGUAAGAGACGUAACUUUUUUUUUUUUUUUACAUUUCCGUGGCUUAAUAGCCACCAACUCAAACAUAUCCAAUAAUUAAUAUAUAUAUAUAUUAUAUAUUAUAUAUCAUAUAUAUAUAUAUAUUUUAUAUAUAUUUAAUAUCAUAAGUAUUCAUGGCGCCUUACACAACAUUAGGGUUUUUAAAAAGAGCGGUUGCUUUACUCUUGUUGUACGUCACAUACGUGAAAUGCUUCGCACCUGAAGUGAAAUGUGGGGGAAGGAUCCGAGAGACAGCGGGUUCAAUCAUAAGUCCAAACUAUCCUGAUGAUUACCCACCAAACGCGGACUGCGUUUGGAUAAUACAUGUUCCCAAACCGUUCUUUGUUAUUAUUCAUUCAACGUUUUUUCGCUUGGAAAACGACUGCAAUUUUGAUCAGUUGGUUAUAGAAGACUAUGGCCACACAUACAAUUCAAAGAGUGGCCAUAAACAAACAUUUUGUGGAAGGAUGUUUGUUUAUUUUAAAUCUGUUACCAAUAAAGUGAGGAUUACCUUUAAGUCGGACUUUGGUACUAACUACAAAGGAUUCAAUUUAAAGUUUUAUUCUAUGGAUAAUAGUUUCGGCUCUGGUCCAGUGGAUUGGUGCAAUCAAACUCGAAUUGAUGGUCCUGGUUUUUUGACUAGUCCUGGCUACCCAACACAACACCAAUUUUCGGGUGACUGCUUUUACCAUAUAAAGGCUCCAAUUGGAAAGAGAAUCAAACUCGAAUUCUUGGAUUUCGAUCUUGAAGAAAACACUCGGUGUGCCUACAAUUACCUGCAGAUUGUCGACGGACCAGAUUUAUAUUGUCCUAGUAUUGGAAGGUACUGCGGUAACCAAGUCCUGUCCUUCAUUUACUCCAGCGGGUCUGAUCUGUACCUUAGGUUUUCAUCAAUAAGCGGAAUCUAUACGAGCACCGGAUUUCUAGCCCAAUUCAGCUUCCAUACAUCGACCGUUACGGACCACACCAACCAGUCAGGAUCAGAUGAUUACUUAGAAAAAGCUUUAGCAGAUUGUAACCAAAUCAUUGAAGAAAAAAUUGUGAAAAUACAAUCACCAGGUUACCCAGAAUCCUACCCGGCUAACGCUAGAUGUGUCUACAUCAUACGAUCGCCAGUUGAUGAAACUGUCACUCUUACUUUUCAUAAGAUGGUUCUAGAAGAUUCGGAGAAUUGUGACUUGGACUACGUGAAAGUUAAAGACGGAGAGACGGCAGCUGCUACGGUCCUCGAUAAGUUAUGCCGAAAUCAAAACAAAUCGUACACAUCGAGUGGAAGAUCAUUAAGGCUGGAUUUUGUUACGAAUGACGAAAUAAGUUACAUGGGAUUCACCGCCACUUAUACCUUUUCAAAUUGUCCUCUGCGAUGUAGAAAUGGCGGUGUCUGUGAAAAUCAUCGCUGUAUAUGUCCUCACGGCUUCCAAGGGAGACAGUGUGACUUACCUGUGGGGUGUAAUGAAGAACCCUGUAAAAAUGGUGCAACGUGUAGAGAAAGAAAAAUUGGUUACAUUUGUCUAUGUCCGGAGGGUUACACUGGAUAUAAUUGUGAGAAGCUCAAGUAUGUGGUGGAAAUUGAAGGCAAAAGCUAUGUUAAAAGAUUGGGAAAUAUUGUGUAUACAUGUCGCUUGAAUGGAAAGAUACCGGAUAAAGUUUUCUGGUUUCGAAACGGAGAUCUACUUCAAGGAAAUGUAAACGAACGAAUAGAAGCCACAGAUGUCUUAUACAUAGAACGAGUGACGGAGUUAGACGAAGCACAAUACAUGUGUGUUGUAUACAAAGAUUUAAUGGCGUACUUCGAUACAAAAAACCUCACUAUUGAGCCUACAUGUCACUUACAAACGACACAACCUGUCAAUAGAAGUGUAAUACAUAGUGGUAACGUAGCUUUGAGAUGUCCUGUAAUCGCUACUAAAGGAGUUCGGUUUACUUGGCAAAAGGAUGGACAUCCAUUGAAGAUGAACAAACGAAGAUACAUUUAUUCAAAUUCUCUAAUCUUCAAAGACGUAGAAGAAGUUGAUAAUGGAACGUACAAAUGUUUAGCUGUCGGCCCAACAGAGUGUUCUGCGGCGGCUGAGAUGUCACUAACUGUCAAUUUCAAGCGUAACCCUAAUAAAGUUUGUGGUAAAAACAGCAUUACGAAAAACUCAGAAAACAUAGAGGCAAAAAUCAAGAGUGGAUACCCGGCUGCACGAGGUUCUGCACCUUGGUUUGUGCUCUUCGUUAGAUCAGCUACGUCACAUUCGUUUUGUGGUGGAACGCUGGUUGGUAAUAAACAUAUUGUGACGGCUGCUCAUUGUAUUCGAUCAUUUCAAAACUUCAAUAAUCACAACGUACAUGUGUAUGUUGGUACCCAGAACUGUUCUGGUCAUGGAGGGAUCAGAGUUCAAAUGAAACAUUGGAUUGUACAUCCAGCUUUUAAUGAAACCACAUUCGACAGUGAUAUUGCCGUUAUCGUUUUGAAAGAAACUCUAGACUUCACACCAUAUGUCCAUCCAUUGUGUUUGGUGAACAACGAAGUAAUUGGAGAGAGCUUCUACAGUGGAUUUUACGGAACAGUAGUCGGUUGUGGCGAGACAGCGUUUGGUUAUAACUCUUACCCUCGCCAUCUUCACGAAGUCAAGCUCCCUUACGUAUCAGACAACCAAUGUCGGAAACGUCUGGCUAAGGGCCACAACAUAACAAAGAAUAUGUUCUGUGCUGGAUUUUAUAGGGCUUAUCAAGGAGAUUCGUGCAAAGGAGACAGUGGUGGUCCUUAUACUAUACUGUUACCUCAAUCAAAACGCUGGAUAUUGGUUGGUAUUGUCUCUUGGGGGUAUAACUGCGAUCGAAGUAAUUCAAUUGGCGUCUAUACAAACGUUGGUCAGUUUUACAAAUGGCUCACGAAGACAGUCUCUGUUCGACACCAUUAAAACAGAGCCACGUAAACUUCGUGACAAGAAAGACGAAUGUGAAGUUCUACUACUACCCUAGUUGCUGAAACAAAUAAUAAAUGUAUAAAUAAAUAUGCCAAAACAUACGUCCACUACUACUACUACUACUACUACUACUACUUUCAUUACCAGCCCUGCCAACAACAAUUACUCAAUGGUAACGAUAAAUAAUAGCAAUAUAAUAAUAAUAAUAAUUAAUAAUAAUAACAUCAACAAAAAGAAGAAAUAAUCAAAUGGAAACAAGUCUGUCACUGUUCUUGCGUAGACAACGAGGACCUUUUCUCGUAAAAACUGUAGGUAUAAUGAAAUCAGAAAGUACUUAUUAAGUACCCAUAGACACACAUUCAAAUAUCCCGUAUUUUCUUUUACUUUUUCGCUGGUUUCAGCAAUUGAUUGUGGCUUCAUAGAGCAUCGCCUUAAAGCGAAAGUAAGAAAUAAAGACGUUAGUUCUCAUGGCGACAAAAAUCAAACUGCAACCACCUGCUGAAGCCCCCCUCCCCCAAAUCGGGACUAUUAUUAUAAAAAGCGCAUGAAGAAAUCGAUAUCACAAGUUUUGUUUCUUGCUGUGUUAAUAUGACCCGUUGUUUGUUUGUUUUUGUUCUUUUGUUUUUGUUGAAUCUUUAUUUAUGACCCAAGGAUGUGACUUGUGAGGGAUUUAAUGUCUGAAAAGUAUACGUAUUCUUUGGUACUCUGUGUUUCUGAAAACUAAAAUGUAUUACAAAGAACCUUAUAUAUUUUGAAAACUAAAUAUGUUGCACGAGAUUUUGCGUUUCUGAAGACUAAAUAUAUAUUGUAACAAAUUUCACGUUCCUAGUUGCAAAAUAUAUAAUUACGAAUUAAUACUUUUUAAAAGAAAAUAAUACUGAAUGAAGUUUUACGCUUUUGAAAGCGAAAUAUACUAAACAUAAUCACGUCUCUGAAAAAUUAAAAGCAAAAUAUUAAUUUCAAUUUAAAACCAAAUAUAUUACAAGGGAGUUUUACUGUUUGGAAACAAAAUAUUUUGUCAAUGAUCUUUGUUUUUGAAAACAAAAAUUUACUGGAAGAAAUUUUACGUUCUUGAAAACAAAAAAUACUGUAAGCGUUGUUACGUUUUGAACCUUAUAUUGCAGAAUCUUUGUUUGUAAAACAAAAUACAUUGUAAAAAUACAUUAAUUUUACGUUCCUCUAAAUGAUAUAUGGUGAGGAUUGUUACGUUUCUGAAAAAAUUUCAUACAUUAUCAGGAAUUUAACAUUUCGGAAAAUAAAAUAAGGAAUUAUAUGUUCCAGAAGUAAAAAUGUAUUUUAAGGGAUUUUACGAUCCUAUUUCUGAAAAAAAAAGAAAAAUGUUUUUUUUCUUCAACUUUAAGCACAUGAAACACCGUACCAGGCACACAUUUAAAUAACAAGACAUAAUUUAUGCACAAAAGAGAAGACAUUUUAUAUAUAACUUUUACACAAAAAACACCCCAUUUUAUAUACUUUCAAAACGCCAGUAAUAGUAAUAAAUAAUAAUAAUAAUAAUAAUAAAUAAUAAUAAUAAUAAUAAGGAUAAUUAUAAUAACAUUAACUAUUAUUAUUUCUUAGAUUAUCGGUAAGAAUAUUAAUAACGAUAAUUAUGAUGAUUCUUUUAACAUGGGCUUAAGAUUCCGUUUAAGACAAAUAAGAAUUGGAGGGAAAAGAGAGUAGAUUUGAACAUCUUACGAACAGGCAGUAUGUAUGAAUCAUGUAUGUAUGUAUGUACAGACGUAUGGAUGUAGAUAGAUAAACAGAUAAUGCAGAUAUAGCAUCUGACCUUUCGUAAUCGUCAUAUCUCAGGCAAUGAAUUGCCUUUUAAGAGCUGAUGAUUUUAAGAAAUCUAAAAGGAUCUGUAUUUGAAAAAUUCAAGCCGACGUCCAGAGCUUGUUGUGGAACAAAAUGAUUGAUAUAUUUAAAUUAAAGUGAUUCGACAUAUCUAGAAGUAAAACAAGAAAUGAUAAAAUAAAACUAAAUAAAAUAUACAUGUAUAAAUAUAAAUGAACAUGCGAGUAGGUGUAUGCAUGUAUGUAUAUAUGUAUGUAGACAUACAUAAAUACAUACAUGCAUACAUACAUGCACAUACUGUAAAAACAGAAAGUGUUAUGUCUGUGGCGAUAAAAAUACAUUUUUUAUGCAAGCUACCUGAUACUUGUGUAUGUGUGUGUGUAUGUGCGUUUGUGUAAUUAGCUGUUCGGCAAAAGAGACCGAUACAAUAAUUACCAGACAUAAAAAUAAGUAUUGAUUUGUUUAUUUAAACAAUUCAAGAAUGUGUCUUAGCAUGGCUGCAGUCCAGUGAUUGAAACGAGUGAAAGAAUAUAAAAAGAAAUCUCUGCCGCCCAUCCAACACGCUAAAAAAAAAGCACUUAACCAACCACACACACACACAUACACAUACACAACACACACACACACACAAACACACACAGACAUACAA